AUGUUUACAACACCUUGUUGGCUUUUUAUUGUCAUUUUGCCGUCUGUUUUUGGGUGUGGGUUUUCUGGUAGAACCAGAAACUCGAAAGAGGAUUGUUAUGGCCCUAGCAAACCCUUACCACCAGGGUUAGCGAGAGCAGCAGAGUUGCCGGAACACACCAUUGUUUGCCUCAGACAUCUGCGGAUGAUCGAGAGCCAAGACAAUCGGUGCUCUGCACCCUUUCAAGAGAAGCACUCAAAGAAACUUACAGAGAUUCCAGCGACACAUUAUGGAAUUAUUGAUAAUUACGGCCGAAAAAACGAAAACUUCCGACCAGGGAGCAAGUGGUGCCAUGCUUGUAAAAGGAAGUUUUACAAAAAACAGAAGGAGAAAGUGGUAUGGUAAGAAGAAAACGAAGUAAGGUAAAUAUUGGCAAUUCCCUGGUUAGUUUGCAUUUACAUUUUAUCAAGUCAGUAACAAGUACUCACUUUCCUAACAUGUUCUUGUUACAUUCUUUAUAGAAAAUGGAUAUGAUGACCAGUUUAACGGAAAAGGAGACAGAGUUUUACCAACUUUACCAAAAGGAGGCUGAAAAAUGUCACACCCUGACAACACAAAUGGAGAUGCUGAAACAACAGCUCUCAGGAAUAACAGGUUUUAUUAAUUUACACAUAAAACACAUUUUGUAUUAAACGGUUGGGUUCCUUUAUUUUAGAAUCAACAAUUGACAAGAAGUUAGAGGAAUUUCAAAAGGCUCUUUACAGGCACCAAGUUACCACACCUGACAUAAAGAUUUAUGAUACAGAUUCCAUGAAACAGUUUGUGAAUAAAAACAGCCCCGGACUCUUUCAAGAUCUUCUUACCUGUGUUACAGGAGGUAAAAGCCUGUCUGAGAACAGAAGAAAGCUGCAAGAGCAGAGAGUAGUGGCUUUACUUCACAUCCUGGCUUAUUUUAGGUAUGUACUUUGAGUUUAGUGAUCUGGGAUAUAAUUUUGCACACAGUCAUUUAUAACUGGUAUAAUAACAUUUGUUUUAUUUGUCACAGAUCACAAAAAACGUCUGCCCUACAGAAGGACAGCGGACUGCAUGCAUCCAACUGUGGCAUGUCAUUACAGGGACUAUCUUCUGGCCAGGUGUUGGGAUACAGCACAACCCCCAGGACAAUACAGCAGUUAAAAGCUAAUUUAAGUGUACAACACACAAGCUUCAUUUGUCAACAAUUUCACAGGGUAAAUGAGGUGAGUCCCUUGGGUGUAAAUAUAUCUAAUAUCUAACAGUUGUGUACCAAUUGCCCAAGAAAAAGCUUUGAAACAAAGAGAAUCAUCAUGAAAUCUCCUCAUACAGUAAAUAACAUUGACACAACAGUUUAUGUGUGUUGUGUUUAAUUUUGCUUUUUGUCUUUCUUAACAGCUGCAAUGCUUUAUAGUUUUAAUGCUUGAUGACUUCCACAACAUCCACUCACUCCAUACACCAUCACAGUUGGUACGGACAAAUGUCAUUCACAUGGCAUCCUGUUUGGCAGAUGUUCAUCCAUCAGUUCAUGCAGUCCCUAGGCCUGCAUUUCCCUUACACAGACAAGUGACAAUAAAUGUAAAUGGAGAGCAGAGGACCUGUGCUGGCGGAAUUGACAUUAAUGAUGUCCUGCAAACAAUAACAAACUCAUUAAGGAAUAUGAAUAAACAGUUCUGGGACCAGCUACCAAGUUACAUGCAAAGCCUUGAUCCAGGAAGACUACAAACAGCACUACAUGAACUAAGGUACACAUUAGUCUUAUUUGUUACCCAUUUAUCACAGAAAAAUGUCUAUUACAAAAGAGAAAGACAACAGGUUAACAGCAAAAAAAAAUUGACUUAAUAAUUGCAAUGAAAUUGUAAAUAUCUGUAAUGUCUGUCUGUUGAACAGGGUGUACUCAGAUCCAACAACACAAGACAUUGAGACACUCGAGACUUGUAUGCUAGUUGAUGAGUUUCAACAAGAUUUAAAGAGCAUGGAACAUUACAAGAUGGCCCUUGAGCGUGUACUGAACAAAUGCCCUCAACUUAACAUGUACAGCAAGAAAUUUGUUGUACCAUUGCCUGCUGACUGGCCAGGGUGGUACUAUCCCAAAAAGCUGAUAGCAAGUGGAUGGAAUCCCAACAUUAGCAUAAUUCCAGAACAAGGGCCAUUUCAUGUGUGUCUGAAUGCUUAUGAAGAUGUUCUUUUGAAUUUUAAAUUUUUUUUUUGA